GGCCGGGGGCCCCGACACGCUCCGGGCCCCGGGAAGGGCCGGGCCGGGGGCCCCGACGUGCUCCGUGCUCCGGGAAGGGCCGGGCCGGGGGCUCCGGGCCGCAGGUCCCGGACGGCGGAGCCGGGAGCGCCUCAGGUGGAAGAUGGGAGUGUUCCCCUCAUGUUUUAGGUGAAACUGCUUGCCAUGAAAUCCUGAGGGAGACAGAGGGACUGCAGUGGGAAUUCCUUCUCACUCCUCCACAACAAAUCCAACAACUGCCUAAUGGGAUUGCCUCUCUGCCUGGCGUCAUGGGGAGCUGCUGCAGCUGUCUGUGCACAGACAGCAUCCCAGACAACCAUCCCACCAAAUUCAAGGUGACCAACGUGGACGACGAGGGGCACGAGCUGGGCUCGGGGGUGAUGGAGCUGACGCCGCGGGAGCUGAUCCUGCACACGCACAAGCGCGAUGCCGUGCGGUGGCCGUACCUGUGCCUGCGGCGCUACGGCUUCGACUCCAACCUCUUCUCCUUCGAGAGCGGCCGCCGCUGCCACACCGGCCAGGGGAUUUUUGCCUUCAAGUGCUCCCGAGCAGAGGAAAUCUUCAACCUGCUGCAGGACCUGAUGCAGUGCAACAGCAUCAACGUGGUGGAGGAGCCCGUGGUGAUCACCAGGAACAGCCACCCCUCGGAGAGGGAGCUGGCCCACAGCCCCCAGGGCCCCAGCAGUCUGGGCUAUACUGGACUUCCCAAUGGAUUUCACAGCUUCCCUGGAGAAUCCCUGUCCUACUCUGCAGCCCAGCACCCCUCAGUGAGCAGCCUGAGACAUUCCUCUGUGGGGGAAGACUCUACCCACCCCCUCCUGGGGCCUGAGGAGCAGUCCCACACCUACGUCAACACCGGGGAGCCGGAGCCGAGGGGCCGGCACUGUAUGCACUCCUUGCCUGAAGCCCACCCUCCUUUCCCCCCUAGGAACCACAGCUGCUCCCUGGAAGACCGCAACCCCCAGGUCUUCCUGCAGCCAGGGGAGGUGAAAUUCGUGCUGGCUCCCAGCUCCGGCUACCGCCGGCUGUGCCGGCACCCCCGGGAAUGCCAGCCUCACCUCUGCCCCCCCAACAACAACAACAACGAGUGCCAGCAGGGCUGUCCGUCCCCACAGUGCGUCUACGAGAACCUCAACGGGCUGGUGGCCCCCAGCACCUCGUCCCUGUGCCGGGCUGGCCGCUCCAAGGUGUCCCGGGAGGACGGGAGCUGCUCCCAGCGCCGCUCGGCGCUGCUGCACUACGAGAACCUGCCGGCGCUGCCGCCGCUCUGGGAGCUGCAGCCGGCCCGGCACAGGGACGAGGACGCUGGCACGGCACCCACGCCGUCCCCAAAUGGCUUCUCCGAGGCCGGCGAGGAGGAGCCCCUGCAGAAUUCCGCGGGCUCGGAGCCGCGCCGCGCUUUCCUGCCCAGGCCGCGGCGCAGCCGCCUGCCCAACGUCUUCAGCUUCGACUUCCCCCGGCCCUGCCCGGAGCCUCCACGGCAGCUCAACUACAUCCAGGUGGAGCUGGAGCCCGAGCCCUGCAAGGGACAGCAGGAGCCGCGGGUGGCACCUCCUGCCAGCCCCGGUGCCCGCCGCACCGACUCCUACGCCGUCAUCGACCUCAAAAAGACGGCGGCCAUGUCCAGCCUGCAGCGGGCCCUGCCCAGGGACGAUGGCACCUCGAGGAAAACUCGGCACAACAGCACUGACCUGCCCCUGUGAGGGCCCCAAGUGCCAGCCCCGUGUCGUGGCUUUGGUCCCUGCCCCUCGCUGUGUCCUGCCCCCCCUGAGUGUGGCUCCCAUUGCCCUUCCCUGUUUGUCACUGCCGGGGCCCAGCGUGGCUCCUGCAGCUGCUGCUGUUGAGGCUCGUCCGUCUGUCCGUCCUCCCCUCUCUGUGUUGCUCGUUUUUCAAGCCUUGUGGGAUGUUCGGUGACUCUGAGGGUUGAAUUCUGGGCGGGAGGGAGGUGGCACAGCCUGGGGUGGGCAGGGCAGAGCCAGCCGGGCAGUGCCUCGGGGAGUGCUCCCAAAACCGAGCUGCUUCAGGAGCUCUGUGCAAAUGGAGCCCGUUCCCCGUGGAUUUCACAUCUCCGGGAGAGCUCUGCGCUGAGGCCGCUCCAGAGCUGGGGUUUGCCUUGUGGUUCCAGUGGUGCCUGGAGAUGAGGGAGCUCACGCCGUGGCCUUUCCCCCCUCAGCUCACUGUUUGUUCCUGAAGCUUUUUAUCCUUCUGUCCCUGUCUCAGAUCCAAUUUCAAUUGGGCAGCUGCAAUGAAACCAGGAGGACACAGAGCCAUGGGCACACACUGUGAUCACAGAAACCUGAUUGCCUAAACCCUUAAAUUCCCUCCCCUGCUUUAGAAGAGGAGGGAAAGGCCACAACCAUGAGGGAGAUUGGAAGUUUGGUCUAGAAAACUUCACUUGUGCCAUACCCUGCUUUGUUUUUUAACGAGGGUUCUAUUUGGCAGCCGCUGAGAAGUGCUGUGGGUUUAUUUAUUUGUUUACUUAUUUAUUUAUGAGCUGCUCCUUUGCAUCCCAGUUCCUUGCCAAACUGGUGCCAGUCUGCAGCGCGCGCUCGCCGGGGCUCGCUCCUGCCUGGGGGGACAGCUCCCAAAAAGAGCUCGGUGGCUUUGCUGAGCCACCAGCUGGGGGAAAAACACUGUGGAGGAGAGCAGCUGGGAAUGAAGAAUGUAUGAACCGGGGGCUGACUGUCACGGGGUGGGUGGGAAAUGGAAUGGGAGACGUGGGAGUGGGAGCAGAGCCGCCGGGCAGCCGAGCCUGGAGCGGCAUCAAAGCCGCUGCUACACCCACGUGCCUCAGCUCCGUGUCAGGAGUGAAUGUGCAGUUUGUUCUCUCAACUACGGACCUGGAAGGGCUCAAAUUCCGGGUGCAUUCGUGGCCUUUUGCUGUGGAUUUUUGUCUCGAUGCCGGGGUGGCGCUGAGCCGCCCCGGGACGUCCCCUCGUCCCUCCCCGCGGGACACGCGGUGGCUCAGCCUUUCCCUGGAUUUCUCUGUGCCUGUUCCGAUGGAGAGCAGUGCUCUGGGAUCCUCUGGGGUGCUCUGGGAUCCUCUGGGAUCCUCUGGGGUGCUCUGGGAUCCUCUGGGGUGCUCUGGGAUUCUCUGGGAUCCUCUGGGGUGCUCUUGGAUCCUCUGGUAUCCUCUGGGUUUCUCUGGGAUGCUCUGGAAUUCUCUGGGAUGCUCUGGGAUGCUCUGGAAUU